AUGGAAAAUAUAGUCACAGGAAUGGCUCUACAAGGUAGCUCAUUUGAAGCAGACAUUGGUGGUAGUAGUACUUCAACUCUUGCUUUUUCUGCUGCAACAGCUCCAAUCAAAUAUGGUGUUCUGGAUGUUGCCAAGGAUGACCGUAUCAACAAAGGUCAAUUGCUUUUGGCAAAGAACAAAGUGUAUACAAAGGAUAUGCAGCAUAUGAAAUCACUUCAAGACAAAGGAAGAAUGUCAGAUCCACCAACACAGUCAGUGUAUGCAAAGGACAUGAGGUAUAGAAAAUUACUUGUAGACAAGGAAAGAAUGUCAGCUCCACCAACACAAUCUUUCAAGAAUGACCCUACAGCAGCUCCAAGCCCUAGCUUGGAUGUAGAAGAAGAAAGUUCUGCUGCUUGUUGGAAAUCCUGGGGGCUAGCCUGCACUAUUGGCUGGUCUGCUUUGACUGCUGUGACAUGUCUAAUGCUUGCAAGCCUAGAAACUGAACAAGGUCAAAAAGUGACAUGGGAUGUGUUGGGGAAAUACUAA